CAUGCCUUUUCAGUACAUUCUCCUCAAUGAAACCGAAAAAACGUAAAGAAUUUUAUACCGAUUUUUCAGCAUUUAUAUUGAGGUGAAAAUGGAUUUCUAGUUUGUUUGCGUAAGCACAAGCCCAGCACAUUAGUGCACAAAAAGUUUUUAGCGAAAAUGAUUUUAAAACCAACAGCCAUCAUGGCUUCUCCCACAUCAAUAAAAGCGCCUUUUGGACAGGAUUCCACCAUAUCACAACUUUUUAAAUCAUCAUAUUCUACAACAAGUCAAGAAUAUGAAAACUAUUUCGAAAAUGACAUCGAGCACAGACAAUUCGACAAUGGCAUCGUUGGCUUUACCGCCAGAGCUAUACUGGGACUGCAAGCCGGAACCGGUGUCGCCGAUGUCAGCCGAGUUAUUUACCAUGACUGAACCAGCUGGUUUUUGGCUAAAUGAUGACAAUAUAGAAAGCGAGAUUGUAAUGGUCACUGAUGAAGAUUUUGAAUUGAAACCCGGAAUGGAGCUUCUCAACGGGGAUAACUUAGUAUUGGAGUUUUGCGAUCUUAAAGAAGAGUGGCCCGAAAAGAAAUUGCCACUAUUAGAUUGCGAUGCAGCCAUCACUCAUCCCAAUGUGGUAACAAAAGUACACAACACUAUCGACAAUGAAGCUUUGAAAACUGAAAAUUUUGAGAUUUCAGUAUUGACCACUUUAACACCACCACAAUCUCCUCCGCAAUCUGCUAGAUCGGCAGCGAUUUUGCAAAAUGCAAUUGCUACGGAAGGUGCAGUAAAUUUCAACAACUUUUUUCAACAAUCACCACCAGUAGCACUAAGUCCCGUGUCCACAUCUGUUACACCAUCUGCAACACACGGCGUUUCGUCGCCUGUGGGAAGUCUACAUUUUACUCCUUUCUACAAUGCCACACCGUACACACCCUCUGAGGCUGCACAAACUGAUGAUGACAAACGUAAUUCACAAAUCGUCGAUGAUAUUCUGAAAUCAUUUAUUAAGGAAUUGCCAGACUUAAAUUAUGACUGCGAAUCUAAUUCAUCAUCAACUUAUUCAACAGCAACGCGCCCAGAAUCUAUAGUUACCGAUGAAGAGUGGUCACCUGAUUCUUCGUUUUCUUCAUCUGGCGGCUCUUCACCUAUUUACAAUGGCGCGGAUGAUGAUAACAGCUCUGAAUUUGUUUUGAAAAAAAGUGUCAGUCCCAAAAAGCGUACACGCCCAUAUGGACGUGGCGUUGAGGAUCGUAAAAUCCGGAAAAAAGAGCAAAAUAAGAAUGCAGCAACACGUUAUCGGCAGAAGAAAAAAAUUGAAAUGGAGAGCGUACUGAAUGAGGAGCAACAAUUAACACAGCGUAACGAAGAGUUGAAACGUGUAUUGGCUGAGCGUCAACGCGAGGCUAAGUACUUAAAAACCCUCAUUAAGGAGUUCUACAAAAAGAAGGAAUGUAGUAAAAAAAGCUAAUGUGUGAGCUUGUAGUAGCAUUGCAUGAGACAAAUCAACUUCAAAUCAAAUAUAUUGUCAUCAAAAAGCCAGUAAACCAACUGUUCAGCAACUUAAACAACACCAAUAACAUUUCCAAUUACAUUUACAACAUGCAUAUUUUAUUUUACAUAUAUAUAUAUAUAUAUAUAACUUUUAAAGCUACGCAAACGUAGGGAAACAGGCAAUUUAUAACUAAGCAAAGGUGCGCAUUACAAGUUGGCGCCUAUGACGGGACUUAAAUUAGUCUUUGAACUUUUUUAGCCACUUUUAUUUGCGUUCCUUCUCUGUAACGUCUGCAUAGCGCCCAAGUAUAAGCCCUGUCCAACAUCACUUUAUAGCUAUGAUAUACGUAAAAUUGCUUAGUUUGUUUUGUAUUCCGUUGAAGGCAAAAUAUGUCUUAACUCUGUAAACAAUAAAGAAGGGUUUAUAAUACA